UGUUUGCAGCUGCUGCUAAACUGCAGAUGGAGGAGGAGAAUCCCGAGGACAGGAUUGUGUUUCUUAUUAAAAAAGCCAAGCUCAGUACCAUGAAGGGAGACGUAGCGGAAGCCGACCUCUUCCUACACCAAGCUCUGCACCUCGCACAGGAGGCCCACAACACCCAGGCCAUUAGCUACAUCUACAUCCAGAUGGCAAACCUGUCCUACAUCCGGGGAAACCUGCAGAACGCAGAGAAACUCUUCAAAGCCGCCAUGACAUCACUGGUGGGAUCUGGAGAUGAUAAUGCGCUGGUUGAGAUGUCACUGAAGCUGGCCAGUAUCUACGCCACCCAGAAACAGCACGAGCUGGCUACUCAGGGCUAUAGGUGGUGCAUCGACACUCUGGAGGAGAAGCUACACAAACAGGCAUCAGAGCCACUGCCAGCUGAGGUGGUUGUGGACACACAAUUGCUGUUGGGAUUGUGUCUGGAUUCCUUCGCUCGUUACUUGAUUGACAAACAGCAGCUGAAGUUGGCACAGAGCAUGUAUGAGAGAGCGCUAGCCAUCUCCCAGGCCGUGCAGGGCGAGCGACACCCCCAGACGGUGCUGCUGAUGAAUGACCUGGCUGCUGUGCUGGACAUGACGGGGCAGCAGGAGCUGGCGUUCCAGUGUGUGAGCACCGCCCUGCAACUGGCCAGAGAGACUGAGCACCCACACGAGCACAUCCUACUCAACAACCUGGCCGGCAUCCUGCUGCACAGAGGUGACUACACUGGAGCCAAACGUGUGUACGGGCAGGCGCUGAGACAGGCCGAGGAGAAACAAGACAAGGAGGCCAUUCAGCACAUCCACGAGGGGUUGGCGGAGCUGGGAGCCAGGACACAGAGUGUCUGAUCUGGGAUCUCUCAGCAAUGGGUGUGGGCUUUGUGCUGUGUGUCUUGUCUGUAACUGCACUGAGGUCUUGGUUAAACACAGCCCUUCCCUGCACUGUGUGUGCCUUCCCCCCCCACCCGGCUCCCAGCCUGGCUCAGCCCCCACCUCACUGUGGCUCAGCGCCUCCCUCCACUGUGGCUCACUUCCACCCCUCACUGUGGCUCACUCCCCUCCCCCUCAGCCCCCUCUCCCCUCUCAAUCCACAACUGUUUGUGGGGCACCGCUGUGCGCAUUGGCCGUUGUGCUUCGCUCACAAAAUAUAUAGUCAAUUUACUUUACAUUAUAUCCUGUGAAGCGCUUUGAGACGUCUCGAAGACUGGAUAAGGCGCUGUAUUAAAUGCAGGGAUUAUUAUUAUCUGUGCACAAGCUGUAGAGACACGGUGAUAUAUGAUAUAAUAAUAAUAAUCCUACAGAAACACUGACUUAGCCGCAGCAGCAAUGAUAAACUCUAUAAAAAGCCUAAAUUGUUUAUUUAA